AUGUGGCCAGCUCGUCGCACUUGGCGUCAGAAAUUCGCUCGGUUAAAUCUUUGGGCCACUCUCUACGCCUCUUGGGCACUCGGCCUGUUCCCAUUCAUCUAUAAUUCCAGCACGAAGAAACUGCGACGGUCCACGUGGCUGGUCGGAUAUGGCAUCAUUUUGAAUCUUGGCUUUAAACUCUUUGUGGGUCUUUCCGGUGUCAUUGCAGUUCAGAUAAGCAUACUUCUUAUUGGAAUGCAUUUUCACCUGGCCGUGUUAUACAUAUACCGCUCUGUUUGGAUCGUCAAUCGGGAACUUCUAACGCUAGCAAAUCAGCUAAGGAUGCGCCAAUCAAGGAGAUCCUCUCGUAUUCAUGAAUUGCAUUGUCUUUAUAGUCGCCUCUUGGGGCUUAGCACCCGACUGGGUGCUAUCUACGACUACCAAAUGACACUUUUCAUGAUAUCCCUACUAAGUGUCAAUAUAUUAUCCAUAUUCUAUAUGAUAGUCUACAGUAUUAGUUUAAAGAAAAUAUUGUCGUUCCUGUUGGUAAUCAACUUUAUUCAGGCGCUAUCCAUUAACUUGAUGGAUUUCUGGUUGAGUAUUGCGGUCUGCGACUUAGCAGAGCGGGCAGGUCGAGGAACCUCAGCAAUUUUAAAGCUAUUUAAUGAUAUACCCGAACUAGAUGUUGAUCUAGACCGAAGUAUCAAUGACUUUGCCUUAUUUUGCUGUCAUAGACGUCUAAGAUUUAACCAUUGCGGCUUGUUCUAUGUUCAUAACGCAAUGGGAUUUCGAAUGAUUGUAGCUUGUGUAUUGUAUUUAAUCUACUUGGUUCAGUUCGAUUAUAUGAAUUUGUAA